AUGCUUUAUAAGACUCCCUAUUAAUCUGACCUUAAACCUUUGGAUAGAAAUCUUCAUCAAUAAUCUAAACCUCAAUUUCUACCUGAAAUUCAAAUGUACCAAUAAUUUAAAUCUCUUUAAAAUAUUCCUUAAACAAGUAGAGCAACCGAUGCUUUAUUGUCUGCCAGGAAUAGUCUAAUUGAUUAAAUAUUGGAACCUUAAACAUCACGAUCAUCAUACCAAUCCAUUAUUAAGAAUAAGAAAUUCUCUUUGAACCAAGAAUAACAAAAUUAAAAAAAAGGAUAAUUAGUUAAAUUUGAAGAUAUGGGAACCUAAAAUAAUCAACCAAAAAGUAUAUUAAAAAGAAAAAAUUCAAACAGUAGUCAACAUUCAGAUAUUAUGGAUUUCUUUGAAUUGGUAGAGGAAUAACCUUUAACAAUACGUAACAAAAAACAUAUAAUCCUUGAACCUUUAUAAUCUACUCCUUCUCCAUAAAUGGCAAAUGCUGUUUCACCUAAAAGAGUCUCCUUCAACAAAUAAAUCUAAGUUAAAUUGAUCAGUGAUGAUUAUACUGAAUCUCAUGAAAAAAGAAUAUAAAGUAGACAUCUGCUAAGAAGAUAAUUGACAGACUUCAUAAAUUGAUAACACAC